AUGGUGCCAGAAGGAUGGCCAGAAGGAUGGCCAUUGCCUAAUUAUGAGAACCCUCACACGCGAGGCUCUCCGGGCUUAUUUAUUGCCACAUUGGUCAUCACAACAGUCAUCGUUGUUCUUCGCUUCUACUCUCGACAUUACAUCACACGAUCGCUUGGGCUGGAUGAUGGUCUAAUUCUAGCUGGAUUUGUCCUGUCAAUCGGACAAACGUACGCCGAAUGUAGGGCGCUCAAGACCUGGGGUUGGAACAAGCAUCUUUGGGAUAUCCCGAUCGACAAAAUGGAAUACGUGCGGCUGGGGGCGUGGCUCGUGGAAGUCUUCUUCCUUCUCGGCAAUGGCUGCACCAAAGUCUCUAUCUUGCUGGUUUACCGCAAGAUAUCCAGCAGAACUCACAGCUACUGGUUCAUCAGACUGACGUGGGGGGCAAUUGCAUUCACGAUCGCAUAUACUGUUGCUUUGGUGUUGGAGGUAUUCUUGGUCUGUCGCCCGCUGGAGUCCUAUUGGAAAUCCUACGACCCAACCUACACUAGGAAGUAUGUUUGCGGCGACGAGGGCGGACCUCUCAUCUUCAGCGCCGCAGCCUCGGUCUUCUCGGACGUCUACUCAUCCGUGCUGCCCAUGCUUCUCACCAGGAAGCUCAAAUUGUCACAGAGACAACGGUUCAGCUUGUACGCACUGUUCUCCGCAGGUCUGGUGACUGCUGCAGUUGGAGUUGCCAGAAUGGUCUUUUUCGUCAAGGUCACGAUGAACUACAAGCUCGGUCCUCACACUCAUGAUGUUACAUGGUAUGGCUGGCCGACAUAUGCGUUGACGGAUAUCGAGGCACAUCUUGCCAUUAUAUGUGCCUCGGCGCCAGCUUUGAAGGUGUUCGUCAAAGCCAAGUGCCGACCCUCCAGGCAAAUGCCCGGUCUGGACAACGCGUUCAUCCGCUCGAAUAUAGCGCGCAGAGCAUCAGCUCGGCCAUGGCCUAUCAAUGCUGACCCCGAGGCCUCUAUUCCUUGUAGCCCGCAGUCCGAAGGACCGUUACGUGAUCAGCCUUCUCUGACACCCAGCACAGUGUUACCAAGUCCAACAGCGACUGAUCACGAUGAAGAAAACUUCUCCCUCCACAGCCUGGAUCUCGAUAAAUCUCUAACAUCUCACUACCCUCAUGUCCCUGAGCUGCACCAGAACGAGACUCGGCAAUGGCCAGGCUGA